CAUAAAACAAAUUCAUGAAAGUAGAAUUUUUUUGCAAAUUUCGUUUGUUUCGUAUAUCUGCGAAAUCAGAUAAUAACUGUUAUGACAAAUAAGUGUUUUACUAUUAUUGUGCAAGUUUUGUUAUAGGUGCGCUACGAUGAGCGACAAUUUCAUGACCGACAGCGACGAUCCCGGCACGGACUUUUCCGCUAGCGAAGAUGAAUGGCUACCCGAGAAAGCCAAUCCCUCCCGUAAAAAUCAUCGUCAAUCCUUGACAGAAUCGGAGUCAGAUGAAAAUGUCUCCGAUUGUAGCGAUGAUGAUGCAAGCGAAAAUCACACAAAAAAUGCCAAUCGCAAAAACAAAUUAUCAUCGAAAAAAACGAGUGUCCCGGUAAAAACAAAAUUAACCAGCACGGAACGAAAAAAACUUUAUGAAAAGUACAGUUCAAAGAAUGCCGCUGAACGUAAAGCUCACAAUACUAAAGGCAGUGAUUCAGAAAGUAGCGGCGAUGAACAUCUCGUGGAAGCUGAUAAACUCGAUUUGAACUCGGAUUUUUUCACAUCGAAAGCAUGUCCGAGUCAGGCAUAUGAAGCUCCCAACUUUGACUGCAAUGCUGGAAUGCGACUUACUGACUCUUCUGAGGACGAAGAAGCUUCUGAACAAGAUGAAACUAUGAAGCGAGAAUCGAACAAAAAGCUCAUUAAGAAAAUCAAUCAGACCUCUCAGAGUUUCGUACAAUUCGAAGGUUUAAGUGAGUUCAACAGAAAAAUAGAACAGGCAAAGGCAAGUGUUUCGAAUUUCGCUUCGAAACAGGUUGACUCUUGUGACUCAACGGACAUCGGUAAUUUACUAGCAAUAGGAGAACAUCAGCACGGUCAAUCAAGUAGUAAAAAACUGACCCUGAAAAAUAAAAGAAAAAAACAUGAUUCGGAAUCUGAUUGGGAGGAAGUGGAAGAAAAGGAAGAAGCUAGCCAUCAGCAAAAUCUACAAAUUACACUCAAGUUGGACAGUAAUAAGACUCAAAAAGGGAAAUGUGGAAAUGAAAUUGAUAUGGAAGCAUGUAUUAAAAGAAUCAUCAAUCGUGAGAAACGGGAGAAUCAAAAUAUUCUUCAUAAAGUGAAUACUUUAAUGGCCAUUGGACACGGAAACUACGUUAACAGCAUUCUGAAUAGUACAAAACUUUUGUCCCUGGCCCUUACCAUGAUCCCAUCGCAAAAAUGUUACCCUAAAGAUCGCACUGAUCUAGAAUACUUUGAACAAAUUGUUCGAUUCUAUCGUACAGUUGUAGAUCUAAAAGACAAGCAAGUAUACAGCCGUUUCAAAAAGCUACCAUCAUUGGAGACAUCCCUUCGGUUACAAAUGCUGACCAAGGCAGCGAUAUGUGAGCGAGAUUUUGUACUGAUUUUCAUCAUACUACUUCGUGCGGUUGGUGUUCAGUGUCGGCUGGUUAUGUCGCUGAUUGUUGCUCCAAGAAAAUUACCUCAAAGCGAACUUCACCAAUCGGAUGUUGCAAAAAAGGAACCUACAUCGGUGAAAGGGAAAAAUAAGGUCACUGCCACUGCCAGCUCCACUAGUGACAAAGGAACUAAGAGAACCAAUGAUAAAGAAACAACGUCCGUUGAUUCAACAAAAUCCAGCAGUAAAAGAAAACGAAGCGAACAAGUAAAAAUACCACAGCUAGACGGAGGUGAUGAUAUUCCAACGAAAAAAAGUAAGUCGACAAAGGAUAUUCAGACAUUGGGUAGUUUAAAGAAGGCAACUGCUAAAACCAACUCAUCAACAUCAUCGAACGACCACGGUUCGAAGAGCUCAACAUCACAACCACAGGAAAUUUCAUUAUUUUCUCCAAGGAAAACACGAAAGCAACGUAAGAAUGAAGCAUUGAAUCCGAUAGCGUCGAAAGCGUCCCCUACCAUUGUGGCUAGGUUUGACUAUAAAGAUAAGCGUGAAUCUAAGGAUAACAAAACUGUUCAUGCAACGGAUGUUGGAUCUACGAGCCAAAUUCCGAAAUCUUCAAAGAGCAAUACGAAAAAUCUAAUUUCAGACAGUAAAUCUACUGAAAGUGAUAGUAAAGCAAUAGCUGGAAGCAAAACUUUGACAACCAAAAUGCCAGAUGCUAAACCAAAAGCAGGACAUUCUUCAAAUUCAUCGGUGGCGAAAGCAUCCAACAACUCCUUGGAAAAAUCUGCCUUGCACAAACCGUCCAAAACUGCCACAUCAUUCAAAACAGAAUCACCCAAAGUUGUUAAAAUAGAAUACGUUGAUAAACACUUGAAACGACGGCUGGAUCGUCGCGUUUUAUCGACCGACGACGAAUGCGCCAACGCCCGUGGCGAGAAACCGAAACCGAAAACCGGUAUAAACUUGUGGAUUGAAGUAUACGCCGAGGAGGAAGAACAGUGGAUUCCUGUGGACGUUACCAGCGGUAAAGUUCACUGUUUGGAUCACAUCGUUAAACAGGCUUCUGCUCCGUUGGUAUACGUCCUAGCAUGGAACAAUGAUGGUAGCAUAAAAGAUGUUACAACACGAUACUGCCCGAACUAUGGUACUAGCACUAAAAAGCUGCGCGUAGAGCAGGAAUGGCUAGAUAGAGCAUUGGAGAAAUUCAAAGGCAAGAAAACGGCACGAGAUAUCGAAGAGGAUCGCUGCCUAAAUCAGGCAUUGCUGGAACAACCGCUUCCGACCACUAUCAGCGAGUUCAAAAAUCAUCCACUGUACGCAUUGAAGCGGCAUCUGCUUAAAUUUGAGGCGAUUUAUCCACCGGAAGCACCCACCCUGGGCUUCAUCCGAGAAGAGCCGGUGUACGCGAGGGAAUGUGUUCACACACUGCAUUCGCGAGAAAUAUGGUUGAAACAGGCCCGCACGGUCAAACUUUUUGAAACGCCGUACAAAAUUGUGUCUGCUCGGCCGAAAUAUGAUCGGGCAUCGGGACAGAUGCUUCCAGCUCAGCCGCUGGAAUUGUAUGGCUAUUGGCAAACGCAAGACUAUGAGCCACCAACCGCGGAAGACGGUAUAGUGCCACGUAAUGCCUAUGGCAACGUGGAACUGUUUAAACCUUGUAUGCUGCCCAAGAAAACCGUUCACUUGCAGUUACCCGCUUUGAAUAGGAUCUGCAAAAAGCUGGGAAUUGAUUGCGCCCAGGCCGUAACCGGAUUUGAUUUCCACGGUGGAAGCAGUCAUCCGGUGUACGACGGAUUUGUGGUCUGUGAGGAAUACAAGGAUCUGGUGGUGGACGCCUGGUAUCAGGAACAGGAGCAGGAAGAAAAGCGGGAACGUGAAAAGUUUGAAAAAAGGGUUUACGGAAACUGGAAGAAACUAAUCAAAGGUUUACUGAUCAGGAAGAAGCUGCAGAAUAAGUAUAACUUUGAUAACUUGUCCGGUUGAAGAGCCUGUAAUAAAAGUAUA